AUGGGAGAUUCAUUAGAAACCAUCGAUCAAUCGAUAGACCCUCAACAGCAAAUUGUCUCAAUCGUUGAUCAUAAAGCUUUUUGUAAUUAUUUGCGAAAAGCAAUUUUGGUUUUGUUCGAUGAUGAAGAACUCAAUUCAUCGAGGCUUGAGGAAGCCUUAGAUGAGAACAAAUCCAAUCAAGAAUGUAUUAAGAAGUUUCUUUCCGACCCUCAAAUUCAGACUCUUUACAUUCAAAAGUCUGCAGCUAAAGAAGACGAAAAUGAUUCUUCUCAGGAGGGUGAAGAAGAAAAGGACACUGGACAAUAUUACAUCAGUAAUGAAGUUCAUUUCACUAAUUCUCGUUUUUCCUCACUUGUUUGUGUCAAGCGUGGAGCUGUAGUGGAAGCUGACAAGUCAAUCCACUCUCAACUUCGUUUGAUAAAUUUCUCUGAAGGAUCGCCAUACGAGACUCUUCAUUCUUUCAUCAGUAAAACACUCGCUCCUUACUUCAAGAGCUUUGUGAAAGAAUCCGGUAGAGCUGAUCGUGAUGGCGAUAAAAUGGCACCAACUGUUGAGAAGAAACUGGCUGAACUCGAGAUGGGAUUGCUCCAUCUUCAACAAAACAUCGAUAUUCCAGAAAUAUCCCUCGUCAUUCAUCAACAAGUGCAAUCUACCAUUAAGCGUUGUGCUGAUGAAGGACGCAAAGCAAAAGUUGGAGACUUCGGUGAUAAAGUGGAAGAUUCGACGUUUUUAAAUCAAUUGCAAGGAAUUGUUAGUCGUUGGACGAAGGAAAUUCAAAAAGUGACUAAACUCGAACGUGACCCAUCAUCAGGAACGGCUUUGCAAGAAGUUUCCUUCUGGCUUAAUCUUGAACGUUCGUUACAUCGAAUUCAAGAAAAACGUGAAUCACAAGAAGUUGCACUGACAUUGGAAAUUUUAAAGCAUGGAAAACGAUUUCACGCAACUGUUUCAUUCGAUACCGAUACUGGAUUGAAGCAGGCACUUGCAAUGGUCGCUGAUUUCAAUCCAUUGAUGAAAGAUUUUCCCAUCAAUGAUUUGUUAUCUGCAACAGAACUCGAUCGAAUUCGAUCAGCAGUGCAAUCAAUUUUCUCUCAUUUGCGGAAGAUUCGAAAUACGAAAUAUCCAAUUCAACGAGCUUUACGUUUAAUCGAAGCCAUUUCUCGUGAUUUGAGUCAACAAUUGUUGAAAGUCUUGGGAACAAGGCGUCUCAUGCAUAUUCCUUUUGACGAAUUUGAACGCGUCAUGAAUCAAUGCUUUGAAAUUUUCAGUUGUUGGGACGACGAAUAUGACAAAUUGCAAGGACUGCUUCGUGACAUUGUGAAAAAGAAACGCGAUGAGCAUCUUAAGAUCAUUUGGAGAAUUAAUCCAGCUCAUAGAAAGCUACAACUUCGUAUGGAACAUAUGAGAAAAUUCCGCCGUCAUCAUGAACAAUUGCGAACUGUCAUCGUUCGUGUUUUACGUCCAACAAGACAAACUGCUGCCAUUCAAAUCACUGAAAUACCGGUUGAGACUAAACAACCAUUCUCGUUGGAAGCCGCUGAUGCAAAUGCGAUUGAAGAAGUCAAUUUGGCUUAUGAAAACGUGAAGGAAGUUGAAUGCCUCGACAUCACUAAAGAAGGGUCGGAAGCAUAUGACGCAGCUGUGAAACGUUAUGAAGAAAGAAUUGAUCGCGUCGAAACUCGUAUCACUGCACACUUGCGUGAUCAACUUGGAACAGCUAAGAAUGCUAACGAAAUGUUCCGAAUUUUCUCACGUUUCAAUGCUUUGUUUGUUCGACCGCAUAUUCGUGGAGCUAUUCGCGAAUAUCAAACUCAACUGAUUCAACGUGUUAAGGACGACAUUGAAGCUUUGCACGAGAAGUUCAAGGUUCAAUAUCCGCAAAGUAAAAGCUGCAGACUUUCUGUUGUGCGAGAUUUACCGCCAGUCGCUGGUUCAAUCAUUUGGGCUCGUCAGAUUGAUAACCAAUUGACAAUGUACUUGAAACGUGUUGAAGAUGUUCUUGGAAAAGGAUGGGAAACUCACAUCGAUGGGCAGAAAUUGAAAGCUGAUGGCGAUAGUUUCCGUGCUAAGUUAUCAACAGCUGAAGUAUUCCAAGAUUGGGCACGAAAAGUUCAAGAAAGAAAUUUUGGCAUCACUGGAAGGAUUUUUUUGAUUGACAGCGCAAGAUCUCGUCUUUCUCGUGGCAACGUUUUGAAGUUGAGAGUCAAUUUUCUUCCAGAAAUCAUCACACUUUACAAGGAAGUUCGCAAUUUAAAGAGUCUUGGCUUUCGUGUCCCACUUGCGAUUGUCAAUAAAGCACAUCAAGCAAAUCAAAUUUAUCCUUUUGCUAUUUCACUCAUUGAAAGCGUGCGAACUUAUGAGCGAACUUUAAAUAAGCUAAUCAAUAGGACAACCGCACAAAAUUCUGUAUUUCAGAUCGAAGAUCGCGCAAGUAUCAUUCCACUUGUUGCUCAAUUGCGCAAAGAUGUUUUGAAUUUAGUAUCUGAAGGUAUUGCUUUAGUGUGGGAAAGUUAUAAACUUGAUCCUUACGUUCAACGUUUGUCUGAGAUGGUGACUGCGUUUCAAGAAAAAGUUGAAGAUUUGUUGGUGGUUGAAGAGACACUUGACGUUGACGUUCGAUCCCUUGAGUCGUGUCCCUACUCAGCCGCAACAUUUGCUGAUAUUUUGUCAAAGAUUCAACACGCAGUUGAUGACCUUUCUUUGAAACAAUAUUCAAACUUGCAUGUUUGGGUGCAACGAUUAGAUGAAGAAGUUGAGAAGAAGUUAGCGGCUCGUCUUCAAGCAGGCGUUCAAGCAUGGACUGAUGCAUUGAGUGGUAACAAGAAAGAUGUUGAUCUGUCAAUGGACACAGACGCCCCAGUAAAGCCUGGAAUUAAAGCCGGUGGUGAACCACAAAUUCACCACGCAAUUCAUGAGAUCAGAAUUACUAAUCAACAAAUGUAUUUGUAUCCUUCAAUCGAAGAAGCGCGUUUCCAAAUCAUGCAACAACUGUUUGCAUGGCAAGCAAUUGUGACAUCACAAACUCGCUUGCAAAGUUCUCGUUAUCAAGUUGGAUUGGACAAGCCCGUUUCGCAAACCUAUCGCAAUUUACUGACAAAAUUACCGUCGGGUUCUGAACCUUUGGAAUCAGGUUAUGCAGCAAUUGAUAGCAAGAUGACGGAAGUUCGUGCAUAUGUUGAUGAAUGGCUUCGCUAUCAGAGUUUGUGGGAUCUGCAGCCUGACAUGUUGUAUGGACGGUUAGGUGAAGACAUCAAUUUGUGGAUCAAAUGUUUGAAUGACAUCAAGAAAUCUCGCACAACAUUCGAUACAAGUGACACACGUCGUGCUUAUGGUCCAAUUAUCAUCGAUUAUGCUAAAGUUCAAUCUAAAGUCACCUUAAAAUAUGAUUCUUGGCACAAAGAAGCACUCGGCAAGUUUGGUCAGCUGUUGGGCAAUGAAAUGGGAACUUUCCAUACGAAAGUCUCAAAAUCACGAACCGACUUAGAACAACAAUCGAUUGAAGCUGCAAGUACAUCAGAUGCUGUCACUUUCAUCACUUAUGUUCAGUCGUUGAAGAAGGAGAUGUUGGUGUGGGAUAAACAAGUUGAGGUUUAUCGUGAAGCUCAACGAAUUCUUGAACGUCAACGCUUCCAAUUUCCCACUAACUGGCUUCAUGUCGACAAUAUUGAAGGCGAAUGGUCGGCAUUUAAUGAAAUCAUGAAACGUAAAGAUUCAACAAUUCAAACGCAAGUUGCAAGUUUGCAAUCAAAAAUUGUUGCUGAAGAUAAAGCAGUUGAAACACGAACUGUUGACUUCCUUAAUGAUUGGGAGAAGAAUAAACCAACUGGUGGACGUACAAGACCUGAUGAAGCUCUUCAACAAUUGCAAAUCUUUGAGACGAAAUUCUCACGAUUGAAGGAUGAACGCGACAACGUUGCGAAAGCUAAGGAAGCGUUGGAAUUGCAGGAAUCGGCAAUACCUAAUAACAGCUCUGAACGAAUGAGUGUCGUCCUUGAAGAACUUCAAGAUUUGAGAGGUGUUUGGAGUGAAUUGGCUAAAAUUUGGACGCUCAUUGAUGAGACACGUGAGAAGCCUUGGCUGUCUGUGCAACCACGAAAGCUUCGUCAAAGUUUGGAAGCAAUGAUGAAUCAAUUGAAGGAACUUCCAGCUCGUUUACGUAUGUACGAGUCAUUCGAAUAUGUGAAGAAACUUUUGCAAAGCUACAUCAAAGUCAACAUCUUGAUAGUCGAGUUGAAGUCCGAUGCAUUAAAGGAACGUCACUGGAAGCAAUUGACGAAGCAAUUACGUGUUAAUUGGGUGUUGUCUGAUUUGACACUCGGUCAAGUGUGGGAUGUGAACUUGUUGAAGAACGAAAACAUUGUUAAAGACAUCAUUCUUGUCGCGCAAGGUGAAAUGGCUUUGGAAGAGUUUCUUAAGCAAGUUCGUGAAUCGUGGCAAAAUUAUGAACUUGAUUUGAUUAACUAUCAGAACAAAUGUCGCAUUAUUCGAGGCUGGGAUGAUCUUUUCAAUAAAGUUAAGGAACACAUCAAUUCAGUUGCAGCGAUGAAGCUUUCGCCUUAUUACAAAGUUUUCGAAGAAGAAGCCAUCACAUGGGAAGAGAAAUUGAAUCGAAUCAAUUCAAUUUUUGAUGUUUGGAUUGAUGUUCAACGUCGUUGGGUUUAUCUUGAAGGAAUAUUUAGUGGAUCGGCUGACAUUAAAACUCUUCUUCCCGUCGAAACAAGUCGAUUCCAAAGCAUCAGUUCAGAAUUCUUAGGAUUGAUGAAGAAAGUGGCAAAAUCGCCAAAGGUCAUGGAUGUGUUGAAUAUUCCUGCAGUUCAACGAUCACUUGAACGUCUCGCUGAUCUUCUUGGAAAGAUUCAGAAAGCACUUGGUGAAUAUUUGGAACGAGAACGAACUUCAUUUCCACGAUUCUACUUUGUUGGUGAUGAAGAUCUUCUUGAGAUCAUUGGAAACAGUAAAAAUGUCGCUCGAUUGCAGAAACAUUUCAAGAAAAUGUUUGCUGGCGUUGCUUCCAUUCUUCUAAACGAAGACAACACAAUCAUCCUUGGAAUUGCAUCACGUGAAGGCGAAGAAGUGAAAUUUAUUCGUCCUGUGUCGACAACUGACCAUCCGAAAAUUAAUGAAUGGUUGACACUUGUAGAGAAAGAAAUGCGAUUUACAUUGGCGUCAUUUUUAGCACAAGCUGUGCAAGAUAUCAAACAAUUUAAAGAUGCGAUUGAUCCACAGAAAUACAUGGAAUGGUGUGACAAAUAUCAAGCUCAAAUUGUUGUUUUAGCAGCACAAAUUUUGUGGUCGGAAGAUGUUGAAAGUGCAUUGCAACAAGCAACAGAAUCAACUGGCAAGAAUCCAUUAAAUCGUGUCUUAGAUUCUGUCGAAUUUACUUUAAAUGUUCUCGCCGAUUCUGUUUUGCAAGAGCAGCCACCAUUAAGACGAAAGAAACUUGAACAUCUGAUUAAUGAAUUUGUUCAUAAGCGAACAGUGACACGUCGAUUGCUUCAGCAUGGCGUCAAUAAUCCAAAAUCUUUCCAUUGGUUAACAGAAAUGCGUUUCUACUUUGAUCCAAGACAAACAGAAGUUCUUGAACAGUUGACAAUUCACAUGGCAAAUGCGCGAUUUUAUUACGGAUUCGAAUAUCUUGGCGUUCAAGAUCGUUUGGUUCAAACACCGUUGACUGAUCGUUGUUAUCUUACAAUGACUCAAGCACUUGAAUCACGUCUUGGUGGAUCACCAUUUGGCCCGGCUGGUACUGGAAAAACCGAAUCUGUUAAAGCUCUCGGCAAUCAACUUGGUCGAUUUGUUCUUGUCUUCAAUUGCGAUGAAACUUUUGAUUUCCAAGCAAUGGGAAGAAUUUUUGUUGGUUUAUGUCAAGUUGGUGCGUGGGGAUGUUUCGAUGAAUUCAAUCGAUUGGAAGAACGAAUGUUGUCAGCCGUCUCACAACAAAUUCAGACGAUUCAAGAAGCAUUGAAGUCACAAGCUGACACAAAUAGCAACACGAAAGCAACGAUAUCCGUCGAAUUGGUUGGAAAGCAAGUUCGUGUGUCAACAGACAUGGCAAUCUUCAUUACGAUGAAUCCUGGAUAUGCUGGAAGAAGCAACUUACCUGACAACUUGAAGAAACUGUUCAGAUCAUUGGCAAUGACGACACCAGAUCGCCAACUCAUUGCAGAAGUCAUGUUGUUCUCACAAGGCUUUAGAACUGCCGAGAAACUCGCCUGUAAAAUUGUUCCAUUCUUCAAACUAUGCGACGAACAGUUGAGCAAUCAAUCUCAUUAUGACUUCGGUUUGCGAGCCUUAAAGUCAGUUCUCGUGUCAGCUGGUAAUGUGAAACGUGAUAGGAUCUCAAAGAUCACGGAAGAUCCUAAUCAAACAGCUACCGAAGAGACUCUUCUCGAACAGAAAAUCUUAAUUCAAUCAGUUUGCGAGACGAUGGUGCCGAAAUUAGUCGCUGAAGAUAUUCCACUUCUCUUCUCAUUGGUUAAUGACGUCUUUCCUAAUAUUGGCUACACUCGUGCUGAGAUGAAAGGAUUGGAAGAUGAAAUCAAGAAAGUUUGCGCUGAAGAAUAUCUCGUGACAGGUGAAGGCGAUGAACAAGGCGCGGCAUGGAUGGAGAAGCGAUUCAGUGAAACUUGGCUGUCAAAAGUUCUUCAACUUUACCAAAUCUCGAGUCUUAAUCAUGGCUUGAUGAUGGUCGGACCAUCAGGAUCUGGCAAAACGACAGCAUGGCGAGUUUUAUUGAAAGCACUCGAAAGAUUUGAAGGAAAGGAAGGCGUCGCACAUGUCAUUGAUCCAAAAGCGAUAUCAAAGGAAACGCUUUAUGGUGUUCUAGAUCCAAACACAAGAGAAUGGACUGACGGACUCUUUACUCACAUUUUAAGAAAAAUCAUCGACAAUGUUCGUGGUGAGAUUUCGAAGCGACAAUGGAUCAUCUUCGACGGUGACGUUGACCCUGAAUGGGUUGAGAAUCUCAAUUCAGUGCUUGAUGACAACAAAUUGUUGACAUUACCAAAUGGUGAACGUCUUUCAUUGCCACCAAAUGUCCGUGUAAUGUUUGAAGUUCAAGACUUAAAAUACGCGACACUUGCUACAGUCUCACGUUGUGGAAUGGUUUGGUUCAGUGAAGAUGUGCUUAGCACCGAGAUGGUGUUUGAAAAUUACUUCGCUCGCAUCAAAAGCAUUCCAUUGGAAGAAGGUGAAGAUGAAAGUUUCAUUCAACCAGCAGCAACAAAGAGUGGAAGCGGAAAUCAAGAAGGGAAAGAAGAAGAAAUCUCAACAGCAUUACAAACACAGCGAGAAAUUGCUGCACUCAUGCAUCCUUUCUUUGCUGCUGACGGUUUGGUCAUUCGAUGUUUAGAAUACGCGUUGACACAAGAACACAUCAUGGACUUUACUCGACUUCGUGCUUUAAGUUCGCUCUUCUCAAUGUUGAAUCAAGGCAUUCGUAAUGUUCUUCAAUUCAAUCAACAACAUCCCGACUUUCCAAUUGCACCCGAACAACUCGAACAAUACAUUUCAAAGCAUCUCGUGUACUCAGUUCUUUGGUCGUUUGCUGGUGAUUCGAAGUUAAAGUCACGAUGCGAUUUAGGCGAUUUUAUAAGAUCUGUGACAACAAUUGCUUUGCCAUCACAAUCUGGCGCUCCAAUCAUCGAUUAUGAAGUCACAAUUCAAGGUGAAUGGUCGCCAUGGUCGAAUAAAGUUCCCGUCAUUGAAGUAGAAACUCAUAAAGUAGCAGCACCUGAUGUUGUUGUUCCAACGUUAGACACGGUUCGUCACGAGUCACUUUUAUACACUUGGUUGGCUGAACAUAAGCCGCUUGUCCUUUGUGGCCCUCCAGGAUCGGGUAAGACGAUGACAUUGUUCUCAGCAUUGCGUGCACUUCCCGACAUGGAAGUCGUCGGUCUUAAUUUCUCAUCAGCAACAACACCAGAACUUCUGCUGAAGACAUUCGAUCACUACUGUGAAUAUCGAAAGACACCAAAUGGCGUUGUGUUAGCUCCAAUUCAAAUUGGCAAAUGGCUUGUCUUGUUCUGCGAUGAAAUUAAUUUACCAGACAUGGAUGCGUAUGGAACGCAACGCGUCAUUUCAUUCCUUCGGCAAAUAGUUGAGAGAAAAGGUUUUCAUCGUGCUUCAGAUCAAGCGUUUGUGACGUUGGAAAGAAUUCAAUUUGUUGGUGCUUGCAAUCCACCAACUGAUCCAGGUCGUAAGCCUUUAAGUCAUCGUUUCUUGAGACAUGUUCCAAUCAUUUAUGUUGAUUAUCCGGGCGAGACAUCAUUGAAGCAAAUUUAUGGAACAUUCUCUCGUGCGAUGUUAAGAAUGAUGCCAAACCUGCGCGGUUACGCUGAGCCAUUGACAAAUGCCAUGGUCGAAUUUUAUCUUUCAUCACAAGAUCGUUUCACUCAAGAUAUGCAACCGCAUUACGUUUAUUCACCUCGUGAAAUGACACGUUGGGUGCGGGGAAUUUGUGAAGCAAUUCGACCUUUGGAUAAUCUUCCAGUCGAAGGAUUAGUUCGCUUAUGGGCACAUGAAGCUUUAAGAUUAUUCCAAGAUCGUUUAGUUGAAGAUUCGGAACGUCGAUGGACGAAUGAAAACAUUGACAUUGUUGCAAUGAAACAUUUCCCAUCGGUUGAUCGUGAAAAAGCUUUGGAGCGUCCAAUUCUCUACUCAAAUUGGUUGUCAAAAGAUUAUGUGCCAGUUAAUCGUCAGGAAUUGCGUGAUUAUGUCAAAGCGCGUUUGAAAGUUUUCUAUGAAGAAGAACUUGACGUUCCUUUGGUGUUAUUUGAUGAAGUUCUUGAACAUGUUUUGAGGAUUGACAGAAUCUUCCGUCAGCCGCAGGGACAUUUGUUGCUGAUUGGUGUGUCAGGUGCUGGAAAAACAACGCUCAGUAGAUUCGUUGCAUGGAUGAAUGGAUUGUCAAUCUUCCAAAUUAAAGUUCACAAUAAAUACACGGGAGAAGAUUUUGAUGAAGAUUUGCGAAGUGUUUUGAGACGAUCUGGUUGUAAAGAUGAAAAGAUUUGCUUCAUCCUUGAUGAGUCGAAUGUUUUGGAUUCUGGGUUCUUGGAAAGAAUGAACACAUUGUUGGCUAAUGGUGAAGUUCCUGGACUUUUUGAGGGCGACGAGUUUACAACUUUAAUGACGCAAUGUAAGGAAGGAGCGCAACGAGAAGGUUUAAUGUUGGAUUCAAAUGAUGAACUCUACAAAUGGUUCACUCAACAAGUCAUGCGAAAUCUUCAUGUUGUCUUCACAAUGAAUCCAUCAACUGAUGGGCUUAAAGAUCGUGCCGCUACAUCUCCAGCACUUUUCAAUCGCUGCGUUUUGAAUUGGUUUGGUGAUUGGUCGGAUUCAGCUUUGUUCCAAGUUGGAAAGGAAUUCACAAUUCGAAUGGAUUUGGAGAAGUCAAAUUGGCAUCAACCUGACUUCUUCCCUUCAGCAUGCGCUCUUAUUCCAGCCAAUCCAUCGCAUCGUGAUGCUGUCAUUAAUGCUUGCGUCUAUGUUCAUCAAACUCUCCAUCGUGCAAAUACUCGUUUAGCAAAACGUGGUUCUCGUACAAUGGCAAUCACUCCCAGACAUUAUCUUGACUUUAUUCAUCAUUUUGUCAAGUUGUAUGGUGAGAAGAGAAGCGACCUUGAGGAACAACAACUUCAUUUGAAUGUCGGAUUGAAUAAAAUUGCUGAAACUGUCGAGCAAGUGGAAGAAAUGCAGAAAUCGCUUGCGGUUAAAAGUCAAGAACUUCAGCAGAAAAAUGAAGCUGCAAAUGCAAAACUUAAGCAAAUGUUCAAAGACCAACAGGAAGCUGAAAGUAAGAAAGUUCAAUCGCAACAAAUUCAAGCUCAACUCGCUGAGCAAACUAUUAAAAUCGAAGAGAAGCGCAAAGAUGUCAUGGCGGAUCUAGCUCAAGUUGAACCAGCAGUUAUUGAAGCACAGCAAGCUGUAAGUGGCAUCAAGAAGAAGCAAUUAGCUGAAGUCCGUUCCAUGGCAAAUCCUCCAGCUCCUGUUAAAUUAGCUUGCGAGUCAAUUUGCUUGUUGCUUGGAGAAAAUGCUGCCGAUUGGAAGCAAAUUCGCGGGGUUCUCGUCAAGGAUUCGUUCAUCUCAACUGUAAAGUCGAUCAAGAAACAACAUCUUGUGGAAGUCCGAUCAAUGGCAAAUCCACCUGCUAUCGUGAAAUUGGCUUUGGAAUCAAUUUGCUUGUUGCUGGGUGAAAAUGCAUCUGACUGGAAAUCAAUUCGUGCUGUCAUCAUGCGGGAAAAUUUCAUAAACUCUAUUGUUUCUAACUUUAGCACGGAAGACAUCAACGAUGAUGUUCGUGAAAAGAUGAAAACACGCUAUCUGAGUAAUCCUGACUACAACUUCGAGAAAGUCAAUCGAGCUUCGAUGGCUUGUGGUCCUAUGGUGAAAUGGGCAAUUGCACAAGUUGAAUACGCUGAUAUGUUGAAACGUGUUGAACCAUUAAGAGAAGAAUUGAACUCGCUUGAACGGCAAGCAGAUACAAAUAUUUCUCAUGGACAAGAAGUAAAGAAACUCAUCGCCGAUUUGGAGCAAUCGAUUGCCGCUUAUAAAGAGGAAUAUGCGCAACUCAUUUCGCAAGCUCAAGCCAUUAAAGCUGAUCUUGAGAAUGUCCAAGCUAAAGUUGAUCGCUCGAUUGCAUUAUUGAAAAGUUUGGUGAUUGAAAGAGAACGUUGGGAAGCGACAAGUGAAACUUUCCGAUCACAAAUGUCAACAAUUGUUGGCGAUACUUUGUUAUCAGCUGCAUUCAUUGCAUACGGCGGCUACUUCGAUCAACAUUAUCGAAGUAAUCUCUUUUCAACAUGGAGUCAUCAUUUGACAUCAGCAAACAUUCAGUUCCGACCUGACAUUGCAAGAACCGAAUAUUUAUCAAAUCCUGAUGAACGCCUUCGUUGGCAAGCCAACGCAUUACCAAGUGACGAUCUUUGUACGGAGAAUGCAAUAAUGUUGAAGAGAUUCAACCGAUAUCCUUUGAUUAUCGAUCCUUCUGGUCAAGCAACUGAAUUUAUAAUGAAUGAAUUCAAAGAUCGCAAGAUUACAAAAACGAGUUUCUUGGACGAUUCUUUCCGUAAGAAUUUGGAGUCAGCAUUGAGAUUCGGAAAUCCAUUGUUGGUCCAAGAUGUUGAGAAUUAUGACCCGAUUCUUAAUCCAGUUUUGAAUCGCGAACUUCGUCGAACAGGUGGUCGAGUUUUGAUCACAUUAGGUGAUCAAGAUAUUGAUUUGUCGCCAUCAUUCGUGAUCUUCUUGUCAACACGUGACCCAACUGUCGAAUUCCCACCGGACAUUUGUUCAAGAGUCACUUUUGUCAAUUUCACUGUCACUAGAAGUUCAUUACAAUCGCAAUGUUUGAAUCAAGUUUUGAAAGCCGAACGUCCUGACAUUGAUGAGAAGCGUUCUGAUCUUUUGAAACUUCAAGGCGAAUUCCAUUUGAGAUUACGUCAACUUGAAAAAAGUUUACUUCAAGCAUUGAAUGAUGCUAAGGGUAAGAUUCUCGACGAUGAUUCAGUUAUCACAACGCUGGAAACUUUGAAACGUGAAGCAGCAGACAUUGGUCAGAAAGUUGAAGAAACCGACAAAGUCAUCGCUGAAAUCGAAACCGUUUCCCAACAAUAUUUGCCUUUGUCUCAAGCUUGCAGCAACAUUUAUUUCACAAUGGAUUCACUCAAUCAAGUUCACUUCCUUUAUCAAUAUUCCUUAAAGAUGUUCCUUGACAUUUUCUCGACAGUUCUCUACAACAACGUUAGACUGGAAGGAAAAACUGAUUUCCCAACACGUCUUGCAAUUAUCACAUCAGAUUUGUUCGCUGUUUGUUAUGAUCGCGUCGCUCGCGGAAUGCUCCACGCUGAUCGUUUGACAUUUGCAAUUCUUUUGUGUCGCAUUCAUUUGAAAGGAACAUCAGAAGCUAAUAUGGAUCAAGAAUUCAAUUUCUUCUUACGUAACAAAGAAGGUCUGGUGUCAACACCUGAGUCUCACCAUAUCGAUGGCGUUUCAAGUGAACAACUUGAAUCAAUCACUCGAUUGUCAUCUCGUUUGCCAAUCUUUAAGAAAUUGUUUGAGAAAAUCAAAGGAAUGCCCGAACUUGUUGCUUGGCUUCAACAAGGAUCACCGGAACAAAAUGUUCCACAAUUGUGGGAUGAAAGCAAAGCUUUGUCACCGAUAUCAGCCGCACUUCAUCAGUUGAUAUUAAUUCAAGCAUUCAGACCAGAUCGUGUCAUUGCAGCGGCACAAGUCUUCGUGUCAACUGUUCUUGGACAUGAAUUUAUGCCGCUUGCUGAUAGCGAAUUGGACUUUGCUUCAUGUGUCGAGCAACAAUUGAACUCAAGUACUCCAGCAUUGCUUUGUUCAGUUCCUGGAUUUGAUGCUAGUGGCCGCGUUGAUGAUUUAGCAACAGAAUUGAAUAAACAGAUAUCAAGCAUUGCAAUUGGAUCAGCUGAAGGUUUCAAUCAAGCAGAUCGUGCAAUUAACAUGGCGUGCAAAACAGGACGAUGGGUGAUGUUAAAGAAUGUUCAUCUUGCACCACAAUGGCUUGUUCAACUCGAGAAGAAACUUCAUUCACUUCAAUCGCAUCCCAACUUCCGUUUGUUCUUGACAAUGGAAAUUAAUCCAAAAGUUCCUGUCAAUCUUCUACGUGCUGGCAGAAUUUUUGUAUUUGAACCACCACCAGGCAUUCGUGCUAAUUUAUUGCGAACAUUCUCAACAGUUCCAGUUGCACGAAUGAUGAAACCGCCAAGUGAACGAGCUCGUCUUUAUUUCUUGCUCGCUUGGUUCCAUGCAAUCGUUCAAGAGAGAUUGCGUUACGUACCACUUGGUUGGGCGAAAAAGUAUGAAUUUAACGAAUCAGAUUUGCGAGUUGCUUGUGACACUCUCGAUACUUGGAUUGAUGCAACAGCAAUGGGAAGAACAAAUCUUCCACCAGAAAAAGUUCCAUGGGACGCUCUCGUCACACUUUUGUCGCAAUCAAUCUAUGGUGGAAAGAUUGACAACGAUUUCGAUCAACGUUUGUUGUCUUCUUUCUUAUUGAAGCUUUUUACAGCUCACAGCUUCGAAGCAGAUUUUGCUUUAGUUGCCAAUGUUGAUGCAACAAGCGGACAACGUCACAUUACAAUGCCAGAUGGAACGCGUCGUGAUCAUUUCUUGAAAUGGAUUGAAUCGUUAGCAGAUCGGCAAACUCCAUCAUGGCUUGGAUUACCAAAUAACGCCGAGAAGGUUUUGUUGACAACACGUGGAACUGAUUUGAUCAACAAACUACUUAAAAUGCAGCAAUUGGAAGAUGAUGACGAACUUGCUUACAAUUCACAACAAGAUGAAAGUUUAACAGAUAAGCCAUCGUUGAAGCAAGAAGAUGGACGACCAUUGUGGAUGAAAGUUCUUCACAACAGUGCAUUGACAUGGCUUGAAUUGCUACCAAAAUCUUUGAAUACUCUUCGUAGAACAUUCAAGAAUAUUAAAGAUCCGCUUUAUCGUUACUUUGAACGUGAAGUGUCGUCAGGAGCGAAACUUUUGCAAACUGUUGUCAGUGAUCUGCAAGAUGUUUUGUUGAUUUGUCAGGGUGAAAAGAAGCAGACGAAUUAUCAUCGUCAGAUGUUGAGUGAGUUAGUUCGAGGAAUCUUACCAAACAGUUGGAGACGUUACACAGUCCCUCAGGGCUGUACGGUAAUUCAAUGGAUCACUGACUUCUCACAACGAAUUCAACAAUUGCAAAAAGUGUCGACUUUGGUAUCGCAAGCUGGUGCAAAAGAAUUGCAAAGUUUCCCUGUUUGGCUUGGUGGUUUAUUCAAUCCCGAAGCUUACAUCACAGCUACGAGACAAUGCGUUGCUCAAGCCAACAGUUGGCCAUUGGAAGAAUUGAUGCUUGAUGUGACAAUCACCGAAUCGGGUUCUGAUGGUGGUCAAAACAAAGACAGCAGUUUUGGUGUUGCUGGCUUGAAACUACAAGGUGCACAAUGUAAAAAUAAUCAACUGUUGUUGACAUCAACCAUAAUGAUGGAUCUUCCUUUAACUUUGUUGCGUUGGACUCGUAGCACUUCCGAAGCAAUGCGAGCUGGAAAGUUGACGUUGCCAGUUUAUUUGAACUCAACAAGAGCUGAAUUACUCUUCACAGUUGAUCUUGCAGUAGCGCCAGGUCAAGAUCCUCACAGUUUCUAUGAACGCGGUGUCGCUGUUCUUACUUCAACUGCUCUGAAUUAAAAUGAAACUUGAAUUUUUUUUCUCUUAUGGUGUUGGGUCAAAGCAUGAGAUGCUCCCUACUUAGGAGUGAUUCUCAUGACUUAUUACAAUAUUUGUCUAAGCUUUGAAGGAAACAUGAAAUAAAAAUAAAAUUAUUAAUCUAA